AUGUGGCGGAGCGUCGCUGCGAAGAUGCAGGCCACCGUCGCUGCGCUGAGCAAAACCGGGACAACGCACAUCGGUCCGCAGCCUGUGGGCGGCCGCACGGCCGUGCCACGGCUGCAUCUCCCGACAGUGGGCUUCCCGGGCGCCGCUCGCUCCCUGUUCGGCGCCUCCUGGGCGCACAGCGGGAGCACGGGGCCCCGCGGCGCGGCUGCAGGGCCCGUGCGGUCCUACGCCUACGACGCGGCGACAGAGGCGCCCGCCGCCGACAUUGGCGAGGUCGACUUCGACCCGUCCCUGGCCAACACCGUGCGCCUGAUCGGGAUGGUGGGCAACAAGCGCGACAUGCGCGUGUUUGAGCGCUCCAAGCUGCUGCCCUUCUCCAUUGGAUUCAAGACCGACCGGCGGCGGCCCGAGGAAACCGACUGGGUCAACGUGGAGGCGUGGGGCCCGCUGGCGGAACGCGCCGACCAGCAGCUGCAGAAGGGAGACCGAGUGGCGGUGCAGGGUCGGCUCAAGGUGGAUAAGUGGGAGGACCGGGCCACGGGGCAGAAGCGUACCGCUUUUAAGCUGGUGGCCACCUCCAUCAGCCGGGUGCGCAGCACCUUCCCACCGAGGGAGCCCGGCCACCUGGGCGACCCGGCCGGCGCGGGCGGCCCGCAGCAGCAGCAGCCCGCGGCGGCGGCGGCCGCGGGCCAGGCGGGGCCCGCCCCCUGGGACGAGCCGCCGCUGUGGUGGGACAACCGGGUGGGCAAGCGCAACCCCAAGGCGCCAGACUUCAAGAAGAAGGUCGGCGGCAGCGACGCCCCCGCGCUGUGGGUGGAGGGGCGCAACACCCCCGGCUGGGUCAAGGCCGAGCUGGAGCGGCUGGACGCUCUGGGCCGGUGA